AUGACCCAUAGAACGAUUCUGGUCGUCGCGGGCAGCGACUCAUCCGGUGGUGCUGGCCUGGAGGCAGACCAGAAGGUCAUCGCCGCCCAUGGCUGCUACGCCAUGACAGCCACCACGGCCCUGACGGCGCAGAAUACCAUGGGCGUCGACGACAUCCACUACGUGCCGCCCGAGUUCACGCGGAAGCAGAUCGAUGCCGUCUUCAAGGACAUCCGGCCCAAAGUCGUCAAGACCGGAAUGCUCGCGUCUGUGGGGACGAUCGAGAUGUUGGCACAGGCGCUGAAAGACCAUCAGGUCGAGACGCUGGUUUUGGACCCUGUCAUGGUGGCGACUACUGGCGCCCAACUACUGCCUUCGAAGGCCGUGAGUGAGCUGCGAAGUCUUCUGCUGCCCCAGACAUUCAUCCUCACCCCGAAUAUCCCCGAGGCCAAGCUGCUGCUCUCGGACGAGUCCGGCAGCCAGUCGCCAGACAUCCAACAUGUCGACGACCUAGAAGCCAUCGCGCGUCGGGUGCAGGAGCUCGGCCCCAAGUGGGUACUGGUCAAGGGCGGACAUGUGCCUUUCAAGAAGGAUGGCACUGUUGCAACGUCGUCUGACGAGAAGGAUAUCAUCGUCAACGUCCUUCUGGGCGAGGGCUUGUUGACUAGGAUAGAGAGCCCGUACCAGGACUCGAAGAACACGCACGGCACGGGGUGCUCGCUGGCGUCGGCCAUCGCUGCGAACCUCGCGAGGGAUCUGGAGCCGGUCGAGGCUGUGAGGGCGGCCUGUCGGUACGUCGAGGCCGGCAUCAAAACGGCGCCGGGGUAUGGGCAGGGCCAUGGGCCGCUCAAUCAUUUUCACUCGACUUACAUGCUGCCGUUUGCUCCUGGGCGGUUUCUCGAGUAUCUCCUCACACGGCCAGACGUCAAGCCCGUAUGGCACCGCUUCAUCAACCACCCCUUCGUCCUCGGGCUCGGAAACGGACAGCUGCCGCUCGACUCGUUCAAGAAGUAUCUGGUUCAGGACUACCUGUACCUGGUGCACUUCGCGCGAGCGAACGCGCUGGCUUCGUACAAGUCUAAGAGCAUGGAGGACAUCGCUGCAGGGGCCAAGAUAGUGUCGCAUAUUCAUACCGAGAUGAGCUUGCAUUUGGGCUACUGCAGGAGUUUUGGUAUCUCCAAGGAGGAGAUCGAGGCGACGGAGGAGCACCAAGCAUGCACGGCGUACACCCGAUACGUACUGGACAUCGGACAAUCAGAAGACUGGCUGGGGUUGCAGGUCGCGCUCGCGCCCUGCCUGCUCGGAUACGGUGCUAUCGCGAGGCAGCUGCACGGCGACCCGCGGACUGACAGGACUGAGGGCAAUACGUACUGGCCGUGGAUCAUGAACUACGUCGCGGAGGACUAUGUGCAGGCGGUGCAGACGGGGUCUGAGCUCAUGGAGAGGAACGCGGUCUUGCACUCGCCGUCGCGGAUAGAGGAGUUGGUCAAGAUCUUUAUUCAUGCUACUAAGAUGGAGAUUGGGUUUUGGGAGAUGUGCCCGUCUGCGUAG